AAUCAAUAAAAUCAAUCGAUCGAGCGAUUUUCUUAUUUCAUAACACAGUCUAGGAUCUCGUUUCUCACAUAGUUUCACGUAAAGAUAUAUGCUUAAUUAUUCAAGGACGUAAUUAAUAAAUAACUCAGCCAAACACAUGGCGGUAAAUAAAGUAUUUGAGUUAUUAUUUAGACUGUUAGUUGCAGGCAGUGUGUUGUUACAUGCAGUAAUAAGUGCUGAUAUAAAAGACCUAAAUAACAGUAAAAUGGCUCCAGUUGUCGAAAGAGUAGUGGAUAGUGUACACUUAGGGGAAGGACCACAUUGGGAUGUUUCCACCCAAUCGUUGUAUUUUGUGGAUAUUUUCGGUAAAGCCAUACAUAAAUACGUACCAUCCACUAAGAAACACACAAAAGCAGUUAUCGGUAGUGGACAUGUUUCCCUAAUUGUACCGGUUGAAGGCCAAAAAGACAAAUUUUUAAUCAGUAUCGGAAGAAAGUUGGCCGUUGUCACUUGGGACGGGGAAAGUGACAAAGUAUCAAAGACUGAAGAGAUCACGGAAGUUGAUAAUAAGCCGGAUACUUUGGAUAACAGGUUCAAUGACGGUAAAUGUGAUCCUUCCGGUCGCUUAUGGGCAGGUACCAUGGGCGGCGAGCCCGAGAACGGAGCAGUAAAAAGAGAAAAAGGAGCCCUGUUUUCAUUGGUCAAGGGGCAAGCCAAACAACAUUUAAGUAAGAUUGGAAUAUCAAAUGGUCUUGCAUGGACUACCGACAACAAAACAAUGUAUUACAUUGAUUCACAUAAAGGAUAUUUGGAACAAUUUGAUUUUGAUAUCGUAAAUGGCACAAUAAGCAACAGUAGAAAUGUCUUCACCCUUUCAAAACAUGGCGUUGAUGGAGUCUUAGAUGGUAUGUGUAUUGAUACCGAUGGUAAUCUAUGGGUUGCCAUAUUCAAUGGUUACAGAGUGAUAAAAAUAGAUCCAAGAAAACCCGAAACGUUACUGCAAACUGUUGAAAUUCCAGCUAAACAAGUUAAUAAGACAACUUCAGUUGCCUUUGGUGGACCAAACUUGGACGAACUUUACGUGACCAGUGCUUCCUUUACAGUUAAUGGUGUGGAGUUACCACCACCAGAUCACGGAGCUACCUUUAGAGUAACUGGACUUGGAGUUAAAGGGUUCCCAGAUCCAGCAUUUGGUUUUAGUGUGGUGAAUGGAAAGCCGAAAAAAAUGACUGAUAAAAUGAUAAUUAGGCCGAUUUCGGAAAGUUUGGAGGUAGGAACGAGACCUUGUUGGGAUGCUGAAAAGAAAUGUUUGUAUUUUGUUGAUGUUCCGACUUCCUAUGCAUAUAAAUACGACAACGAGACCGGGGAAACAGUUAAAACUAAAGUUGCUCAAGCCACAACAAAAUAUAUACCGAAAAUAAUAAGAAGUCCCAUAAAUUUGCUGGGAGUUGGAACUUUACUACAGCAGAUUCCGAUAACUAUAUGCCCUUUAGAUGGGGAACAAUUGGAAGUUGGCACUAGGCCUUUCUGGGACGAGGAUAGACAAAUUUUGUAUUUUGUGGACGUAAAGACUUCGACUAUAUAUAAGUACUGUUACAAUGGAAACCGCGUUGCAAAAGCCACAGUCGGUGAUGAGCCUUUGGCAUUUAUGUUCCCUGUUGAAGGGGACGACAAGAAGUUUAUAGCGGGAUUAGGAAGAAAAUUGGUUUUCGUGACGUGGGACGGAAAGUGUCCAGUCGUUCAAAAAGUUGAACUAAUCACCGAAGUCGAAUGGGAAGAAGACUAUCUAGCCAAUCGUUGGAAUGGCGGCAAAGUCGAUCCCUAUGGAAGACUAUGGGCAGGCACUAUGGGACCAGCUGAUGAAAAUGGCGACACCAUUCCAGGAAGAGGUUCUCUUUACAGUUACUCAAAAGGCCUUCUUUUAAAACACGAAACCAACAUUGGAAUUUCCAAUGGAUUGGCUUGGGAUGUUAAAGAAAAUAAAAUGUAUUAUAUUGAUACAUUAUUCCCAGGGGUUUAUCAAUAUGAUUAUGAUCCCAAAACAGGAACUAUUUGUAACAGAACGUGCGUGUUCGAUUUUGAAAAUAAUUUCGUAGAAGGUAAACCUGACGGUCUUGUAAUCGACAUGGAUGGAAACUUGAUUGUUGCCUGCAUUUUUGGCGGACAUCUAAUUCAUUUUGACCCACGCACUGGCAAAGUAUUGGCCAGGAUACCUAUUCCAGCCGAACAGGUUACUGCUGUGACGUUCGGUGGAUUUGAGCUGGACAAGCUUUUUGUAACGACAGCAAAAAUGGAAGUGAAUGGUGAAGUCCCGGAAGAUCCGGCUGGCGUGACUUUUGUAAUUGAAGGCCUGGGAAUUUCCGGCCUAGGAGAUUUCAAGUAUAAACCAUAGAAUUAAUAUUUAACCAUUAAAACAAUAUUGUUGUUACAUGUACCUUGUCCACAAAUAAAAAUGCAAUCCCAAU